AUGGUCCAGCUGGAGUCGGGCAGCUUCUUCCGGAGCGAGGACUCCGAGUUCGAGGCCAUCGUCGACGAGUUGAACGACAUCCUGGCCCUCGAUCGCGAUCUGAAGCAGCUCCUCCCGCUGAAGACCGACAACCUGAUCGAUGUCUGCCGCGAUGGGGCCGUCCUGGCGCGCUUCAUCAACCUCGUCCGGCCGGGCACCGUGGACCUGAGCAAGCUCCGCGGAGGCAUCGACAUUGUGGCCCUCAAGAAGAUGAAGGAGCAAUCCUCCAAGCGGUCCUCCACCAGCUCCUCCGGCGGCAGCUUCAACGGGGUGCAGAAUGUCGGCAGCAAGAACAUCUUCGAGGCCACCACCAAUGCCAACCUGGCCCUGGAGGGGCUGAACAAGCUCGGCGUGCCGCUGGUCAAUGCCGGGCCGAUGGACAUCGUCCAUGGGAACCGCAAAAUCAUCAUGGGCAUCCUUUGGCAGGUGAUGCGCGUGUUCCUGCUGCACACGGUGUGUGUCAAUGACCAUCCGGAGCUGGUGCUGCUCAUGAACAAGCAGGAAACCCUGCAGGAAUUCAAUGACCUCCCGCCGGAGGCGCUUCUCCUGCGCUGGGUCAACUACCACCUCCGCCGGGGGGGUGGCUAUGCCAAUGGCGGCCGCGAGGAGGCCGGCACCGAUCGGCGCAUCACCAACUUCACCGAGGACCUGGCCGAUGGCAUGGUCCUGCUCCGGCUGCUGAAUGCCCUGGCCCCGCGGCAGGUGGGUCGCGACAUGGUGCAGGAGGCCAUCGACGCCGAGGAUGACACCGCCCGGCACCGGGUGCUGCUGCGCGCCGCGGCGGCCGUCGACUGCCGCAAGCACCUGUCCUCCGACACGCUGAAGAGCAAGCGCCGCGAAUUGAACCUGGCCUUCCUGGCCCAGGUGUUCAACAAGUUCAUCGGCAUGCGCCUGUGGACCGAGGACGAAGUGGACGACCUGAUGACCACGGUCGACCGGCUCAAGGCCAAGAUCAUCGAAGCCGGGGUCAAUGACGAGGGCCGCAUCAACUCCAUCGUCUCCAAGGCCACCGACGCCCUGGCCGAGGUGACCCUGCGCAUGCAGCAGCUCGAGACCCAGACCAAGCGCGAUGCCGAAAUCAUCGACAAGCACGAGUCGCUGGCCGUCGAGUCGCAAUUGACCAUCGACAACUUGCGCGCCGAGCUGCAGCAACUCCGCCGGACCAACCAGGAAAUGGUGGAGUUCCACAACCGCCAGGUGGAGAAGAUCCACAAGAUCCAAGAUCGCAACCGCAAUGCCCAUGGCCCGGCCGCCGGCAGCGGGGUCAUGUCCGGCGAUGAGCUCUUCAGCGACGAGGACGAGGGCGGUCGCAGCCACCGGCGCCGCGCCGGCGGCAAGUCCUCCAAGUCCGGCCGCAGCAAGAAGAGCUCCUCCAAGCGCCGGGGCAGCUCCACCCGCGCCGGCGACGAUGACGACCCGACUGCCAUGGAUGCCGGCAUGGGCGACGGCCCGGACGCCGACACCGCCACCGGGCGCCGGUCCACCGACGAGAUCAUCACCCCGGAGAUUGUCGAGGCCCUGGUCCAGCUGGAGCGGGCCAUGCGCGCGCGCAUCGAGCUCGUUUCCCGCGGCGAGGAUGGGUACAUCGAGAAUGAGGAGGAUGUGGAGGCCAUCCUCCAGGAGUCGGGCCAGCACCUUCCCCCGGUCGGCGCGCCGGUCGCCGCCGCCGCCGCCAAUGCCGCCGCCGGCCGGAAGAUGCCCACCGACUCGGCCAGCCCCAUGCUUGACACUUCCUCCUCGGCGUCCUUCGGCUUCGGCGGCAUGGUUGCCGGCGGGGCCGGCAGCGAGGUGGUCCUCGGGCCCAGCCAGACGGCCCAGCAGCUGGCCCAGUCGUCGGUGCGCGCAUGCUCCGACGAGGCGGUUUGCUCGGCCCCCAUCCCGGAGCGCCUGCACCUGAUCGGGGCCGACUUCGUGGCCCUCUUCGACAUCCUGGCCCUCGACUCGCGCGAUCUGCGCACCACCCAUGCGCGCAUCUCCAAGAUCAAUGACAUUCUUUUCAAGAAGGUCCGCGACAUCGCCGAGCAGUACUCCCAGGGGACCUCCGGCUGCCGGGGCUGUGGGAGAUCCUGCAAGAAGUGCACAUCCGCCUCCAGCAAGUCGGUCAGCGCCAGCAACAGCGCCGUCCAAAGCCCGAGCAACAAGAACGCCUGGUUCGGCUAA